UCAUCCUCGUCAUUAUUAAUGGGUGGCAUUGGCAGCGUCAUCUCUCCACUUCCCCGCGAUGCGCGUACUGGGCAUCGAGGACGACGAUGGAUGUAUCUUAAGACUGCCCUGACUCUGGGAGAAAGAGAUUUGAUAUUUGAGCACAACUCUCGCCAUGUCAGACUCUCUACCGACCCAUCGUCGCGCCUGGCGCCGCACAGACGACCACGCCGAGGGCCAACCGAAGCUGAAGCUAGUCACUGAGCGUCUCCCGCUUCCCCUAGCGCCCACAAACAUCCUCAUCAAGGUCCACGCGGUAGCUCUCAACUAUCGAGACAGUAACAUUGCCAACGGCGGGAACCCAUGGCCUGUCACUCCCCACGGCAUCAUCGGCAACGACGCAGCAGGCGAGGUCAUCGCCAUUGGCGACAAAGUCAACAAACUAAAGGUGGGCGACCGUGUGGCUCCCAAUACAGACACAGAGAACUUGACCGGUCGGGAGUCGAGCAGAUCCUGGCUGGCAGCCGAUGAGGAUGGCGUCUUGGCCGACUAUCUCGUCUUCGACCAGCGUGUGCUGGCGAGGUUGCCCGCGACGCUUGACUGGGUGAAUUGCAGCAUACUGCCGUGUGCAGGGACGACUGCUUGGUCCGCUCUUAAAGGGCUGAGUAUUGGUCAGAGUCUUCUGAUCCAAGGCACUGGAGGCGUGGCCAUGUUCGCCCUCAAGCUGGCGCAAGCAGCUGGCUACAGGAUCCUGCUCAGCUCGUCGAGCGAUGCCAAGGUUGAGAAGAUCCAAAAGUCAUUUCCCAAUACACCUAUACAUGGUGUGAACUAUGGCACGCACCCGGAUACUUGGCACGAGCAAGUACUCAACCUCACGGACGGUGUGGGCGUUGACCUGGUCUUGGAGAACGGCGGCACCGGGUCCCUGGUGCAGAGUGUGCUGUGCACGCGUCGUGGUGGCACCGUCAGCCAGGUUGGGUACCUGGGCAAGCAGGACCCGAUGGAUUUGAAGGACCUGGUCUCCACCAUUAUUGAUAGACGAGUCAACAUUCGUGGCAUCAACGCAGGCUCGGUGAAUGACCUCAACGACCUGACGGAUGCCGUCACGGCGACGAAUCUCACUUUUGAUGACAUUGUCGAGAAUGUCUACGACUUUCAACAAGCAGAGGAAGCUGUGCAGCGUAUCUGGGAAGGCAGGCAAAUUGGGAAGCUGGUACUUCAGAUCACCUAAGUAUCACAAACCGGCUAGGGUUCCUUGGCUCAAAGUGUACUCAAGUAACUUGUCCGUCGACGAUGUCGACGCCCCGCAAGCAGCGGCUUCACCGCAACGACAACACAACACCACGUUGGGCGGUCUAGUGUAGGGGCGUCAGGCUGGCUGCUCGGGUGACAUGUCCACGUCUGCCUGUGUGCAGUCCUGCCGGGACCCAGGCGACGUUAGCGUAGCAUCACAUCUGGGGCUCUCGAAAUGCCACCAUUGAACUCAGCAAGCUGGGUCUCCCAGGCUAGUCCUUGGAGGCGCUACUCUAUACAGUAUGUCUGGUACGUAGUACGUACAGACCAGCUGCUGGUACCGCGCCUUCUCGUGAGCACAUU